CGGUCCAUUCACUUCCGGUGAUGUCAUCACCUUGGAAAAUAUGACAACAAAGUUGGCCUAGCGAUCGAACUAGAAAAUAGAAAUGUUACUGUACGUAGAAGAUAAAGCUUUCCCCCACAAGACAUUUGUGGUGGUGGUGAAGGGGGAGGAAAAGGUGGCUCGAGUCCGGGCGCAGCUGUUGCACAUCCUGUACAACAUUGGGAAGGAGACGCAUCAGUUCCGCCUCAGACACAAGGGUCAGUUUCUCCGGGAUGCCCACACGCUUGACCAGUAUGACAUAGUGGACAACUCCAUCAUCAAGAUGAUUCCCAUGUCCAAGAAACCAGAGGCCUCAUUUGACACCAUCUCGAUCACCAGCAGCACAGUCAACCUGGACUUUAGCCCAGGGCAACCGCCUAAUGUGAAGAAGGCCUUGUACUCAGAAAUCAAACAUUUGGACUGGAGAGAGAGAAUUCUGAACGACUUCAAGACUCUGUUGUUCCUCCACCUUUUGGCAAUGGUGCUCUCCGUCUUCACUGUGCACUGGUAUGCUGUGUUCUGGGUGGGAGCCCUGCUGGUCUUGGCGGCUUGGUAUUCUCCAUCAUACACUAGGAUCGGGGGCUUUGUUGGCAACUACACAUACUACAGGAACAUCUUCUGCUGCAGUGCUGGAAUCGUCUUCCUGACUUUUACAGCCAUAGCACUCUACUUGGCUGCCGCGCAGUGGAUAACUGUCAUUGGUCACGGCUGUGCUGACUGGAAGUUUGUGGAUGAAUGUUCCCCUCAGAAGGUGUACACAGCAGUGUUCUUCUCUGUCCAAGCCCUCCUGCUCCUGGUGUCCGGGAUCCUGGCCUGGGUACUGCUGGUCAACUUUAAAAUGAAGAUGGGUGAUAGAAUUGAGAAGAACUUGAUACAGGAGAGAGACAUUGACCAAGUCAUUCUGGCUGCCAAAGAUGGGAAAUUGAACGAGAAGCGGCAGGCGUCGAGUGAGCUGGCGAUCAUGGCAGCUGCUAAUGAUGACAACAAGUUCAGGAUUGUGGCAGAGGGAGGCUUGGACAUUCUGAUGUCCCUGUCCCUGCAGCAUGAUGACUCCACCCAGGAGCAUGCUCUGGAGGCCAUCAGGGAGCUGCUCACCAUCCCCUCCAUCCAGGACACGUUUGUGAACAUGGGCAACGUGAGCAAGCUGACAGCACUGCUCCACUCACAGUGCCCUCGGGUGAUGCAGGCUGCUGCUUCCACCAUCUUCACCAUCGUCAACCAGUCCGAGGAGAACAAGAGUGUCAUCAUUGCUGACCAUGGAUUGGAGGAUUUGGCCCACGCUGCAAGGAAUGGAACUAUUGCCUGUCAGCAGUCAGUGGCCAGUAUUUUCAAUGAGCUGGCUAUCAAUUCUGACAUCAGGGCACAACUGACUGCUGGGAAUAUCCCAGCCCAGGCACUGACAGAGCUGUGUCGCAGCAAUGAUUCCGACACACUGAGAGAUGCCCUACAAGCUCUGGAGCUGAUGGCCAUUGAAAGUGCUGAAACCAUCUGUGCUCAGGAGGACUUGCUGCAACUGUUGCUGCAGCUGCCAUUCCGCACCAUGGACGAACGCAACUACCUGCUUGUUGCCAAGAUACUCAUCUACUAUGCAGAGAACAAGGAGACAUGUCAACAGUUGCUGGACCAGGAGAAUGUCCGCGACUCGCUGGAUCAGUUUGCGAGGACCCGCGACCCCCUGCUGCAGCGCGUUGUGGCCAGGAUCAUCACCUGCAUGAUGGAGACACAGCAACUCAAACGUCAGGCUAAAGAAGUUAAGAUGAACAAAGUGUUGGAGUAUAUUCGUGACCACACUGCCGACAGAGACUUGUGGGUUGAAGCUGACCAAGCACUUCAGAUGAUGAAUUCGGAUGACCUGGGCAAUCACUCAUCUGUGUUAGACAAAUCCAAACUGGAGGUCAAGGACAGUUUCGGGUCAAGGACAUCCAUGGGGUCGAUCAAAAAGAGGCCAGCAAGUGUUUCCUCUGGGGCAGAGUCUGACAAGGGACUUGCCUAGGCAUAGAUUGUCACCUGCGUUUCUUUGUUUAUAUUUUCAUCUUCAGUAUUGCAUUGUGUAUUUACGAACCUUAAACUAACUUAUUUCUGUCAUAACUCAGUGAAGGGCUAAUUAUCCAACCAUGAGCUUUGAAAACCUAAAAGUAUCGGCUACGGUAUAUAAGAAGAGAUAUGCCAUAAUGAGUGACUGGAGAUUUUACACCGGCCAACCACUUUCCUAGUGGCAGGUGAUGUGGUAGGGCAGGACAUACCUUGCCUUUUGCCAACACCAACAGCCUUUUACGCCCAGGAAUCUGUUUCAGCGGAUGAAUAAAACUGGUUGUUCUCUAACACUGACAUUUUAUAUUUGCUUAUUGUGUGAACCUUUGUGUCUCAGUACAUCAAGUUAUUUUUGUAUGGUAAUGGGAUUUCAGUUAUGUAAUUUCCUAUCACUGAGAAUGUAUUGAGAUUAUUCUGAAAAAUUGGAGAAAAUUUGUUGACAUAAAAGCUGAGUUUGCUGUUUUCCGUUUAGUUACUUAAACAAUAUGUCUGUCUGAUGAAUGAUGCAAUGCCUUGUCAUGGCUUGAUUUAGCUAUACAUGUAUAUAACAUGCAAUAGUGCAACCCGUUAUUGAAAAAUGCAAUCUAAUAUUUAUGUCUACAUGCACCAAGUGAAUGUAAAAAAAGAAUUGUGUCUGACUAACCCGUAAUUGUCCAAACAAAAUUGAUCUUUGAACACACUCAGUACCUGUAAAGUGUAUUUGCCAUACUGCAUCACUAAUCCCUGUGUUAAUUUGUCCUGCUUGACAAUAAUGCUUCAUUGAUUUAUGACAAUGACAGCAAACCAGCCUGUAUUUCAACUUUGUUUAAUUUAUUGGACUUGGUUUUGCUUGGUGCAACUUGCUUUCAAUGUCCUCAUGCAUCUGGUGCAGGUUACAUCAAAUUCCUUAAAUCGAGAGCUUGUUCAAGCUUUAAUAUAUUUUAGGAUAUGUUAUAGAGAAAUUGAAAACGAAGGCAAAAACUGAUUGAUUUUGGUUCAAUCGCUUUUUGAUACCGAGUGUGUCAGUGACACAUGAUGAGACAGUAGUCAUCACGAUAAACCUCUGUUGAAGUGUACCAUCGUGGAUAUGUUGACCUGACUUGUAGAGGGAACAAAUGUACUGGGAUGUGUAUUGCUACAGAAUGAGGUGUAUGGUAUAGUGACUCCUUUAUGCCUUAUAACUUUGAAGUGAAACAAAUCUAUGUAUAAGGUCAGUUUUACUUGUUGAAGAAACAUAUACUUUGACACUGUGAAAUAUCAUAAUCAACUUUAACUUAAAAUCAGAAAAGUGUUUUUGUGCAUCUCCAAACCCAUUAAAUGAGAUUUGAACCCAUAUAACGACAUUGUUGCGUUUAAUUACCUCAUGCCUAAAUACCAGGAACUAAUUUGAUUUUUAUGGCCCUUUUGUCAAAUAUUACAAAAAAUGAAAUAUGCAUUUUCACAGUGUCUCAGUAUUAUUUUUUACUAAAUGUUUUGACAAAUGUUGUUUACAUGCAAAUGGAACUAAAUUGAACUAGAUAUUUGCACAAUUUUCAUUCAGGUGAUGGUAUUUUCUUAUUUUUAUUCACUCAAACUGUCUUCAGAUUUUUGACAGUCAGUGCACUUUGUACAAGGACAAGUACUAUCCUUUAUCAUGGAAACUCUUUGAAAGUAAAUUCAGUAUUUGAAAGUAUUUAUCCAUGAUAUUUAAUCGUUGAGAACAGGAAAGAUGUAGUGACAUGUUGGAUAGCAUGAUGUGACAGUACCGGUAUUUAAGGCGGAACAAAGAUAUUUGGUUCUUGGGCAUUGACUUUUGAAAAACGGGAUGUGCAGUCUCUUUGUCAUAUGUUGUUCAUAAAGCAGAAACUAGCUCUUUCCUGCAGGAAUAAUGAACUCACAUGAUUAGUGCCAUGAACCAAACUUUGUGUUUGUUAUCCUAAACUUGUGAAUCACCCUCCGUCCUGCAUCAAGAUGUGGUACACAGAUAGAACAGCACCCCAGAGCAGAUCCUGCUGCAAUGGUCAUCUCCUACACUGGCAUAUAUGUCAAAGGGAGGCAGUCACUGAUAAAUACUCUCUAGUUUAUACAUGUGUCAUCAAAGUUGUUUCAAUGAAAUACUGACAUAACUUUUAUCAUUAGAAACAUCCAUCAGGCAAGACCAUUAGUUUUUGUUCUACAGUUGAAGUUAUAUUUUGCAAAAUUGGAUAAAAAAUUAAAAAUUAAACCAAAUAUUGUGUUUUUGAGGAAUAUAAUGCCAGAAUCUUUAUAAUUUACAAACAUUUUGAAAUAAUAUCCUUUUAAUGUUGCAAUCAGUUAUCUUUCUUGUAGUUUGUAACUGUAAAACAAAACAUUAAUUUGGUAUGGCCUCAGUGAAAGUUUAAGCUUUUGUUGACACAAAAGUUGUUUAGAUUUGUCUGAAGAGUCAAGACUAGGAUGUUCAUGCCAAUAUCAAAACCACAAGCAGCAUUUGUUAUACUCCAUUUAUAUCUUGAUGUAUGUGAUUUUUGUUGAUUUUUUCCAUUAAUGGCAGGUCCAUAAAAGCAUUUUGUGAUAUUUAUUCUAAUAUCAAAUAACUUUAUUAAAACAUUUACAUCUUUUUA